AUGGAUAGCUUCGUCGAGAUCAACGAGAAGCAUCGCAUGCUCAUCUGUCGGAAAUGCAAGGCAGCUAUCCGGCCCGGCAGCAGCAUUGAGUCGCACUUCCGCCACGAGCAUCAGCUGAAAGGAGAGGUUCUUAGGGACAUCAAGGACUACUACAGUUGCUCGGAUCUGGCUGAUCCAAAGGUUGACGCUCUGCCCGGCGAUGGUGGUUCGGCCAUUGAACAGCUUGACGUUCUGCGGGGGUAUCGUUGCUCCGCAUGCCGCUAUCUCACCACGGCAAGAGACAACAUCACACGCCACUGGCGGGAGGCCGGGCACACGGCGACUGGGCCGAAGUCAACAGAGGUCCGGUUGCAGACGUGGAUGCGCGGGAAGUACGCACGAUACUGGAUGGUCGGCAACGACGAGGCCGAGGCAGGACCCGAUUCGGGCAACAGCGGCGGGAAGGAUGCCAUGGAGCUGAUGAUGGCCCAGUGCACGGCCGAACUGAACGCCGAGGAUGCCGAGCGGCUGAGGGUGGGGGACUUGAAGGAAGACAUAGACCGGGACUCGUCGUGGGUGAAGAGGUUACAAUGGGUCAAGCAUUUCGGGUCUCGCGACCUUCUCGCGAUCUACGACGCUGCCGAGUGGAUACGG